GGUUGUGCACAUGCAAUGACGUCUUUAGGCCUCAUGCCUUAUAAUAGAACGUGAUCCACCACGUGUUCCUCUUCGAUGGUGGUGCAUAAGGACAAGUACUACUAAAACAAGUAUGGCUACCAAGACUGCUAAGCCAAGUGUUCAAGUUUUUGGAAGAAAAAAAACUGCCACUGCUGUUGCUCAUUGCUGCCAGGGGAAUGGCAUCAUCAAGGUGAACGGAAAGCCUUUGCAUCUUGUGGAACCAGCAACCCUUCGCUACAAGCUGGACGAGCCAAUUCUUUUGCUUGGGCGUGAAAAAUUCAUGGGUGUAGACAUUCGAGUGAGGGUGAAGGGAGGUGGUCAGGUGUCACAAAUCUACGCGAUUCGUCAGGCGAUCAGCAAGAGUCUUGUUGCAUACUACCAAAAAUAUGUGGAUGAGGCCAGUAAGAAGGAGAUCAAGGACAUUUUGACUCAGUAUGAUCGUACCCUCCUUGUGGCGGACCCCAGACGCUGUGAGCCAAAGAAGUUUGGAGGACCUGGGCCCAGGGCACGAUUCCAGAAAUCAUACCGUUGAAGUGUGCAACUGACUAUGUUUUCAAUUUGAUUAAUUAUGAUUGUCUGACAUUAAAAGUUGUAUUAUUACAGG